AUGACAGGCUCGGCUUCGAGCUACAAGCUGCUACAGGCUUCAUAUGUCUUCUGUUCUACCGUACCAAACGAAAAAAGCGCCAAAUAUCGUGGCGGCGCAUUGCUUACCGAUCGCGAUCGAACGGCCGCGGCAGGGUAUGGGGCAACGAACGUGACGGGGACGACGUCCAUGCUCAUGCAUGGUGUUAGACUCCGGGAUAAUCACCUCGGUCGAUGGUGUAGCAUAACUUCGCAUCGCCCAGCGCCAGCGGUCAGCUCCUCAGCGGUAGAGCACUGCACAUCCUCGCCAUCACACACACACGAUCGAUCACACUAG